UGCCAUUUCUCCUUUUUAUGCCCAAUUGGGAACAGCAAGGAGAAUAAGGAUGAAGCUCCUCUUUGCAGCUGUAUUUCCUAUUUUUUUUCUGUCUGCAAUUAAACAAGCAGACUCUUCAGCCUAUGACAAGAUUGUGACACACAGCCGAAUUAGGGCAAAAAAAGAGGGCCCUAAUGUCUGUGCACUUCAGCAAGUUAUGGGCACCAACAAAAAAUAUUUCAGCACCUGCAGAAACUGGUAUCAGGGAUCAAUAUGUGGAAAGAAGGCAACAGUCCUAUAUGAAUGCUGCCCUGGCUACAUGAAGCUUGAUGGAAUGCCUGGAUGUCCUGCAGUGGCUCCAAUUGACAAUGUUUAUGGAACGCUGGGAAUUGUGAAUGCAUUAUUGACCCAAGAUUACACUGAUCAAUCAAAACUGAGGGAGGAAAUUGAAGGUCGAGGAUCUUUCACAUUCUUUGCACCAAGUGAUGAGGCUUGGAGUCUCUUGGAUCCUGAGGUUAGGAGUGCCUUGGUCAGCAAUGUCAACAUUGAAUUAUAUAAUGCUCUGCACUACCAUAUGGUGAACAAGAGAUUACUGACCAAAGAUCUGAAGAAUGGAAUGACUUUGGAGUCAAUGUACAACAAGCUGGGCCUUCUGAUUAAUCAUUAUUCUAAUGGGAUUGUCACGGUCAACUGUGCCAGGAUCAUUCAUGGCAACCAGAUUGCUACCAAUGGAGUUGUACAUAAGAUUGAUCGUGUGGUUACAGCUGUUAGUAACACAAUUCAAGACUACAUUGAAAUUGAAGAUGAUGUUUCAUCCUUUAAGGCUGCUGCUAUUGCUUCAGACACGAUUGACAAAUUUGGGGAACCUGGUCACUACACACUUUUCCUUCCUACUAAUGAAGCUUUUGCAAAACUUCCUCGUUCUGUACUAGAAAGGAUCAUGAGUGAUAAAGUGGCUCUUCAAGCUGUGUUGAACUUCCAUACUUUGAACUCUGUCCAGUGCUCAGAAGCUAUAAUGGCUGGUUCUUCUUAUGAGACUCUGGAGGGCAACAACAUUGAGAUUGGAUGUGAUGGAGACAGUAUGACUGUGAAUGGAGUAAAGAUGGUGAAACGCAAAGACAUUGUCACCACAAACGGAGUCAUUCAUCUCAUUGAUGAAGUGCUUAUCCCAGAUUCAGCUAAACAGGUUCUGGAGCUUACUGGUCCAUCGCAGACCACCUUUACUGACCUGGUUGCUCAACUGGGGUUGUCUGGAUCUAUCAGACCACAGGGAGAAUACACCCUCCUUGCGCCUUUAAAUGCUGCUUUCUCUGAUGAUGUAUUGAGUAUGGACCAACGAGUUCUUAAACUGGUUCUGCAAAAUCAUAUUUUGAAAAACAAAAUCAUUCUGAGUGGACUCUACAAUGGGCAGCAUUUGGAAACACUUGGAGGAAAGACUCUUAGAGUCUUCAUUUACCGCACUAGUGUAUGCAUUGAAAAUUCUUGCAUGAUCAGAGGCAGUAAAGAAGGAAGAAAUGGUGCCCUACAUCUCCUUAGAAACAUUAUUAAACCAGCAGAGAAACCAAUGAUUGACAUUCUGAGAGGAGAUGAUAGAUUCAGCAUAUUUCUAAGCCUUGUGGAAGCAGCAGGCUUGACUGAGAUGCUCAAACAAGAAGGAGAUUGGACUCUAUUUGCACCCACAAAUGAUGCUUUUGAAAACUUAAGUGAAGAGGAAAUGGAACUUCUCACAAGUGAUAUAAAUACAUUGAGGACAAUUCUUCUGUAUCACUUUUCUAAUGGAGUUUUCAUUGGUGGGGGAAUGGAGCUUGGUGUCACUAACCUCCUGAAGACAAUCCAAGGAAAUAACCUCAUGGUUAAAGCAAUAAAUAACACUAUUUUGGCAAAUGAGGUAAAGGCAGAAGAGAGUGAUCUCAUGGCAAAUAAUGGUGUCAUUCAUGUGGUGAAAUCCCUGCUAUACCCAGCUGACAUGCCUGUGGGAAAUAAUGAACUGCUCGCCAUUCUGAAGAAGCUGAUUAAAAAUAUUCACUUGAAGUUUAUACAGGGAUACAAAUACAAGGAAAUCCCAUUAACUUUCAUUAAACGCAUUCAUACCACUAAAAUAGUUGAACCAGAGAUUAAAGUCACUGGAGGACAUACCAUUACUAAAGUAAUUUCUGGAGAACCACAGAAACCGAAGGCUCGAAAGCCGAAAGUUAAAGUAGUUGGUGGAGAGACAGUUAAGAAAGUUGUCCAAGAUCCUUCUGUGACAACCACCAUCAGGAGAGUUAUUGAAGAACCCUCACUGACCAAACUCACAAGAGUAAUUGAAGGCGAGCCCUCUGUCACUAAGAUCACAAGAGUCAUUGAGGGCGAGCCCUCACUCACAAAACUCACAAGAGUCAUUCAAGGAGAAUCUGAUAUCAACUUUGGACAAGGAGAGACAAUAACCAAAGUUGUUCAUGCAGGUGAAAUUGAAAAUGAAGAAGAUAUUAAGAAAUUGCUUGAACAAGAGGUUACCAAGGUAAAGAAGCUUCUUGAAAGUGAUGGUCACUUACUGGAAGAUGAAGAGAUCAAAAGGCUACUUCAGGGAGAUAACAUUAAAAGACCUCCACCUAGAAGAAUUCCAGCACCUAAGAGACGAACAAGAAAAGUUCGUCAAGAGAAAAACUGAAUGAUGGGACAAAUGCUGCUUAGCACACAACUUAAGAGAAUGAAAGAUUAUGACGAACAAUCUAGAAAUAUGAAUUGACCGAACCAGAACAAGGUGCUACAAGACCUAGUUAUUCAUUAGGGUUAAAUUUUGGUUCUGGAAACCUAAAUGAAACCUCAGCUAAUAGAAAGAAAUGGGUUUUCAAAUUCCAAACCUAAAUAAUUUUUUUUUAUUAGUGCAUUUAAAAAGACCUGUCUAACUACAAGCUUUACAACCUAAUGAAAAUAUUUAGGAGCUCAGAGUAGGAGUCACAGAAAUGGGAAACAAAACUCGUGUAUAUCCCAUAGUUUUAAAUGAAAAAAACAAUGCUGGCAAAAAUUGGGAAUUAAAUUUGAAAAUAUUAUUGCUGGUGUUUCCUCACCAUGGUAAACUGUUGCAAAAAUAUAGUCUGUGGUGUCUGCAUUUUCUUAUAGAAAUCAGUAAUGCUUGGCAGGUUUCAGGUACUAACUGAAGAAUGUCUGUAAAUCACAUAAAAUGACAAUGGGCCAGAUUUAUGAUAUAACUCUACUUUUGUAUUCCUCAAUUUGUAAUUUCCAGCUUCAUGUAAUUUGUUUUAGCUUGUUUUUGGAAGCAAAAUUAAAGAUUUACAAUUCUUUUUGUACCUAAAAAACAUCUUUUAUAUUGAUUGUACAUUUUUAAACAAUGUUUGAAAAGCUUUUGGUGCCUUUUUCCCUGUUUGUGGAAAUGAAUGUUCAAUAAAGGAUUUUAUUGA